GACAUUUCCAAAAAAUCGCCUGAAAUCGGUUAUGGUGCCCCUUUGGCCCUUUGGAAUCUGGCAAAAAUUGCCCCAAAAAAUUUCCACCCGAAUCGGUGUUGAAUAGACUUAUUCAUCCUUAAAAAAUACCCUCAGGCUGAAUCCAUGAUCUGCAGCCUUCAAAAUCCAAGGAAAAUUGUCUUUCGGAAAAAUAACCUAAAAAUUACGAAAACGCCCUCCAAAAAAAUUUGACGAAAUUCCUUCCCCAAUCGGCCAUUACUAGACAUCAUCGUUGCUGGAGAGUACAAUAAGCCUGAAUCUGUGAUUUAUCGCCUUUAAAAUCCAACGAAAAUGGCCUUUCCAAAAAAUCGCCCGAAAUCAGUUAUGCACUUUGGAAUCUUGCAAAAAUUGCCCUGGAAUAUUUCCGCCCGAAUCUGUGUUGAAUAGACUUGUUCAUCCCUAAAGAAUACCCUCAGGCUGAAUCCGUGAUCUGCAGCCUUCAAAAUCUUUGGAAUAUGGCCUUCCGAAAAAAAAUUGCUUAAAAAUUACGAAAAUGCCCUUCUAUAAAAUUCGACCAAAUUCCCGCCCCAAUCGGCCAUUACUAGACAUCAUCGUUGCUGGAGAGUACAAUAAGCCCGAAUCUGUGAUUUAUCGCCUUUAAAAUCCAACGAAAAUGGUCUUUCCAAAAAAUCGCCCGAAAUCAGUUAUGGUACCACUUUGGAAUCUUGCAAAAAUUUCCCUGGAAAUUUUCCGCCCGAAUCUGUGUUGAAUAGACUUGUUCAUCCCUAAAGAAUACCUUCAGGCUGAAUCCGUGAUCUGUAGCCUUCAAAAUCUAUGGAAAAUGGCCUUCCAAAAAAAAUCGCCUAAAAAUUAUGAAAAUGCCCUCUUAAAAAUUCAUUCAAAUUCCCGCCCCAAUCAGCCAUUGCUAGACUUCAUCGUUGGUGGAGAGUACCCUAAGCCCGAAUCUGUGAUUUAUCGCCUUCAAAAUCCAAGGAAAUUUGUCUUUCCAAAAAAUCGCCCGAAAUCGGUGAUGGUACCCCUUUGGAAUCUGGCAAAAAUUGCCCCGGAGAUUUUCUUCCUGAGUCGGUGUUGAAUAGACUUAUUGAUCCCUAAAGAAUACCCUCAGAUUGAAUCCGUGAUCUGCAGCCUUCAAAAUCUAUGGAAAAUGGCCUUCCAAAAAAAUCGCCUAAAAAUUACGAAAAUGCCCUUCCGAAAAAUUCGACCAAAUUCUCGCCCCAAUCGGCCAUUGCUAGACUUCAUCGUUGGUGGAGAGUACCCUAAGCCUGAAUAUGUGAUUUAUCGCCUUCAAAAUCCAAGGAAAAUGGCCUUUCCAAAAAAUCGCCCGAAAUCGGUGAUGGUACCCCUUUGGAAUCUGGCAACGGAAAUUUUCCGCCCGAAACGGUGUUGAAUAGACUUAUUCAUCCCUAAAGAAUACCCUCACGUUGAAUCUAUGAUCUGCAAUCUUCAAAAUCUAUGGUAAAUGGUCUUCCGAAAAAAUCGCCUAAAAUGCUAUUAAUUCAAUUGCCUAGUCAAAAAGUUUGUGAGUGGAUUCUAGAGAAUGGUCCGUGGUUUUGGUUCAAUAAUUUGCUUUAUCUUCGACCUUGGGUGCCUGGUAUUAGUUUUGAGGAUCUGGGAAGGAAAGCUCUGCCGAUUUGGGUAAAUUUGGCGAAUGUUCCCUUGGAGUACAAUGAUUUCCAGGGGCUAAGCAGAUUAGCGAGUUGGAUUGGGGUGCCACAGGGAAUGGAUCAUACUACUUGAAUGGGGGACAAACAUGGUUUUGCAAAAGUACUGGUGGAGCUUACAGUAGAUAGCGAAUGUCCUGAUCAUGUUCUUCUGUGGCUAGAUGAUGAUUCAUCCAUUCGAAUUGGGGUCACUUACUGUAAUCUACCUCCAGUCUGCCAGGUUUGUCAUCUAUUUGGGAUCACUAGAUCAUGUGCUGAACACCAAGGCAAGAAAUGGGUGGCUAAACCAGUACAGAUGGAGCAGGUAGUAAGUACUGAUCUGAGAUGGGAUGUUAUGGUUGAAGAGGUGAUUCAGGAAGCAGUUGUUGAUUUUCAAGGUGCUAGUGAGAAGGGUAAAGAGGUGGUGGUAUAUGAUGAUCCACAGCUGAUGGCCAUAUUUACUAGUUCUGCAUCGAUGGGGGGAGGUCAGAUUGUCCCACAGAAUUUAGAGAAGUCAUUUCAAGAGGUGGCCACUUCUUCUUCUCCUAAGCUGCCCUCUGAGGAUGAAUUUCAGAGAGUAGUAAAUGGGGCUAGACCUCGUGUCUGGCUCUCACAGGACAGUUCAAAGGGUAAUCAGGUUUCACACUCAUCUUUCAGUGUGCUGGGAAAGCUUGGUGAUAAGGAAGCAAGCAAGGUCCAAGAUGCUCCACGAAAAAAGGAAGUAAAGAAGGAUGUGAAGAAGGGUGGGGGGAAACCCCCAACUUCGAAAUGAUUGUUCUAUUAUGGAAUGUAAGGGGGUUUAAUAAAACCUCCAAACAAAGGGACUUGUUGCAAGUCCUGCGUAGGAAUAAGGUUGAUGUGGUUGCAGUUCUAGAGACUAGGGUACAAGCUACUAAAGCUGAGGAGGUAGUGGAGGAGGUAUUUGCUGGAUGGGAGAAAUGUUUAAAUUGCUUUGACUCAAAGUUAGGUCGUGUCUGGCUGUUUUGGGAUCCUGCAAUUAAGCUUCGGAUUCUUAAACCAAUGAAGUAUUUUAUACACUGUUUGGUGGAGGAUUUAAAUAGAGCUAGUUUCUUUCUUACUACUGUUUAUGCUUCUAAUGAUGAGGUGGAGAGGCAGAGCACUUACAAGGAAAUUGCUCAAUUAAAAGUAGUUGGUCAUCCUUGGAUUGUGGGGGAGGGGGGGUGAUUUUAACACUAUUCGAAUUCCACAAGAGACUUCUAAUCAGCGGUCAUCUACUCAGAGCAUGAAUGAUUUUAAUCACUGGAUCGGGGAGAUGGAAUUGGUGGGUUAUCGAACUACUGGGGCCGCAAUUCACAUGGACUAACAGGCAGGCUAAUCACCCUAUUGCUAGGAGGUUAGACCGAGGUCUGGUUAAUCUUUGAUUGGAUUGAGCAUUUCAAGGACUGUACUAUGGAAGCUCUUCCUUCAUAGUUUUCUGAUCAUUGUGGAAUACAAGUUUGUACAGUUGCACCAGUAAAAUCCCUAACUAAGCCAUUUCGAUAUUUCGAGUUUUGGGCAGAUCAUCCGAGUUUCUUGGAUAUAGUAGCAGAAGCUUGGGGUAGUGAUGCACUUGGGAAUCCCCUGCAGGUCCUACAGGGUAAGCUGUCUAAAGUUAAGCAAGCUUUAAAGAAGUUUAACAAGGAGAUAUAUGGUAACUUACAGGAUAAGGUUAAAGAGGUUGAGGUUGAGUUGGUGAAAGUUCAAGCCAGAGCUUACUCGGAUCCUACCACAGAGCAUUUGAGGCUGUUACACUUGCGAAGGACCAAUAUGAUCAUAUCUCACGGGCAUAUGAAAGUUUUGUCUGGCAGAAAUCCAGGGUGUCUUGGUUAUCAGUUGGAGACCAGAGUUCACACUUCUUUCAUCAGGCUGUCAAGAUCCGCAACUCAAAAAGAGCUAUUAGGAAGUUGGAUAAGGAGUCAGGAGAGGAGAUUUUUCAAUCUGAUCAGAUUGUUGAGGAAGUCGUUUGUUUUUAUAAAAAGUUACUGGGGGAAUCAAAUUUGGAGAUAAAACCUGAAAAGGAGGAGAUAGCUCAAAUGAUUCGUCAUCACAUUCCAACCUCUGAGUGUGAGAAUCUUAUCAAAGACAUCACAGCAGAGGAGGUCUGGAGAGUGGUCUUUAGCAUGAACCCACAGAAUGCUCUAGGCCCAGAUGGUUUUUCUGCUGGCUUCUAUAAGAGAGCAUGGCCAAUUAUAGGAGAUGAUGUGACUAGAGGGGUUAUCUACUUCUUUCAAACAGGUAAUCUUCCUAGUGGAGUAAAUGCUACUACUGUUUCCUUGGUUCCUAAAGUUUUGAAUGCUGACACCUUGAAGAAUUUUAGACCCAUUUCAUGUGUACAUCUUUUAUACAAAAUAAUGGCUAAGAUUCUUGCUCGGAGGAUUAGUGAGGUUAUGCCUCUGAUUAUUAGUAAUAAUCAGUAAGCUUUUGUUAAGGGGAGAAGCAUCAUUGCUGGCUCAGGAGUUGGUUAGUGGAUAUAACAGAAGUACAUUAUCCUCUAGAUGUGCAAUAAAAAUAGAAAUCAUGA